AGUAUGCCGAUUUAAUGGCUGUCAGUCUUGGGAAAAUGCGCGCUACGUGGGGAACAGUAGUGACCAUCACGGCUUGGAUGGUGCUGCUGAAGCUCCGGGAGUCAAAGAGCAAGGAGAGCUGUUAUUAUGUGGCAUUCACUUACGCCAAUUGGACGGAUGACCGACCGCGGUUUGUGGUAAACAUGACGUUCUCGAACCAGUCUGGCAUCGGCUCUGUCACCACCAUCAACGAGGAGAUCGCCUCCCCGGUCUCCCGCAUCCUGAUCCUCCAGCACUCCGGCCGGGAGAAGGCUCGCACCAUAUACAACGCCUCCACCAAGCUGUGCGAUCUGCAGAACGUGUUCAACGCAGUGCCGCUUUUCAAGCCCGCCAAGGACAACAUGCUCAAGCAAAGUAACUACUCGCUGAGCUGUCCGCUGGUCAAGGGCACCUACGCCAUGAACAACAUGCGCGUCAGCCCCAAGAACCCACUUCUGAGCCUCCUCUACCAACCUAAGCACUCCUUCUCCGUGAAGGGCGGAUUGUUCGAGGAAAUUCGUGGUCGCCGGCUGAGGCCACUGUCCACCUAUUUCAUGACAGGAAAGGUAAUCAAAAAGUCUUGUGGGUCCAAUGAAUAA